AUGGCACUUCCCGGGCGGGCGGUGCUGGAAAGUGUGAUUAACCCCCCAAAACGGGCAUUGAACCCUGAGCACCUGACCAGCGGGUGCUCAUUACCAUCGGGUCUAUGGAUCAGCGCCCUAGGAGCACUAUCGCUUGAUAUGGACCUCUCAGUCUUGUGCCGAGAAGCGAGAGAGCCGUUCCCCCCAGGAACCGGGAAAGCGUCGUCGAGGUGCAGCAAAGAUUCGGCCGACAAUCGUAUGUUCGCCCGUUUGUCCCUGACGCUCUGAGAAGGCCGAGGCGACUUGUGGCAAAUAGUUUGGCAUGACGUCGAGCGAGUUCUACAUAAACGUAAGCGCAAGCCCGGUUGCCAAGGUGUUCGAAGAAAUCGACAAAUCGGGAAGUGUUUCGCAACCCAUGUGGGCUAUCGUUCGAGGAAGCUGGGCCCAGACUACGUUCCUAGAUGCGUGAAACGGAGUGUCGGUACUGAAGCGCUGAAGCGCAUUGGUGCAAACAAAUAA